CAUAUUUAUUAAGGUUUGUUAUGAAUCUUAAAGCAUUCAGAACUGUCCUGGGAGGUGUACUCAUUGAGCUCUCACUGGGUUCUCUUUAUACGGCUGCGAACAUGAUUACCUACAUUAUCUCUUAUAUUCAUGUCGUGGUUGGUGACACGAGUGUAACCAACACUAUGUCAGCUUGGUUGUUUGCUAUUAGCAUUAUGGGCCAGGCGUGCUCUAUGAUGUUUGCUGGAAAAAUUGAGGACCGUAUUGGUUCGCGUUGGUGUACCCUUCUUGGGUGUGUUCUUUUUGACAUUUGCGUGCUCGUCAGCUACUGGAUAGCCGAUAACUUCUAUUUGCUGCUUGCGGUAUAUGGAUUCCUUUUCGGAAUUUGCAUUGGUAUUGCUUACUCUGCCCCGAUUACGAUGUCCAUUAAGUGGAUGCCCGGAAAGGGAGGUUUUGCUUCCGGCAUCAUCGUCGCCGGAUUCGGUUGUGGCCCGCUGAUUUUCAAUCAGGUUCAGUCGAGCUUCAUUAACCCCAACAAUCUGCCGACCGUGAUCGAUCCGACCGGCGCCACGACCGACAAGUACUUCCCUGCCGAGGUGGCGUCGCGUGUUCCGAACGUCUUCCUGCUGCUAACGGCGUGCUACGUGGUGCUGCAGGCGAUCGGCCUGCUGCUGGUGGUGGAGCCGACGGAGGCGGAGCUGGCGGCGAUGAAGGAGCACGUGGUUCCGAUCAUGGGCGACCUGAAGGCGAAAAGCACCGGCUACACGCCGCGCGAUUUCCGUCCGACGGUGGAGGCGACGCCGCGCGGGCAGCACGUGAUCACGAGCACGGGCGCGAUGGUGGACCACCCGUACAAGCCGAGCGAAGCGAUGCGCACGGUGAAGUUCUGGGAGAUCUGGGGCACGUUCCUGCUGGUGGGCCUGACGACCACGUUCAUGUCGUCGUACUGGAAGGUGUUCGGCCAGUCGUUCAUCAGCGACGACCGCUUCCUGGUGCUGGCGGGCUCGGUGUCGUCGGUGUGCAACGGCGUGUUCCGUCCUCUGUGGGGCAUGCUCAUGGACAAGUGGACCUAUCGCCGCGCCAUGCCGUUCCUCUGCCUCUGCACGGCGCUGCUCAUCGGCACGCUCUCCCUCACCGCCAAGCUCCCGCAGGCGUUCUUCUUCCUGUGGAUCUGUCUGAUCUAUCUCUGCAUGGGCGGGUUCUACGCGAUGUUCCCCGCCUACACGUCGCUGUCCUUCGGAACGCUCUACCUCACCAGCAACUACGGCUACGUGUUCACCAACCAGUUCAUCUCGGCGUUCUGCUCCGCCUUCCUCGUCAACGCCUUCAUCACCAUUCUCGGCAACACGGGAAUCACCAUCUUCCUCGCCAUCAUGGUGCUCCUCGCGCUCCUCCUCUCCGCCUUCGGAAAGAAGUGGGAUUAUCACGUGGGUCGUCGCGAGCUCCACUCGCUUUCUCCCACCGCAACGCUCCCCGCCUCCGUCACCCUGCCUCCCGCCGUCGCCGCUGCUGCCGCCAACACGCCUGCCACGCCCGCGAAGGAGGUUGUGGAUGUGCCGAAGGUGGAAACCGUGGAAACCAAGGAGGAAACCAAGGUGGAAACCGAAGCCAAGGUGGAGGUCGCUGGCGAGGAGAAGAAGGAAGGAAGCAACGAGAAUCAUGGAGAAGUGAAGGUGGAAGUCGAGAGCGCCAAGCAGGCGUAAUGGUGGUUGAUGUGAUUUUGGUGUUUUUAGU